CAAUUAGAAACAUUUCGUUUGUGUUGUUAAGGAUGAUUUUCUCGUGUUAUUUUUUUAAUAGAUCUAAUUGAUUACUCUUCCCUCUGGGUACACGUUUAAUAUAAAACAAACAAGUGGAGUGUGUAAGAAAAUCAUAACUUGUAAUUGUUGUGAAAUAAAUACUAUAAAAUUUAAACAUGAGUAUGCGCCCCGAUGACCACCGAAGAAAAUGGGACAAAGAGGAAUUCGAGAAAAUUGCAGCCGAGCGUUUGAAAGCAGAGCUAGAAGAAGAAGAAAAAUCCAAGAAGAAAGCCACUCCAGUCAAACGUGAACUUCUCAAACAACGUGAAUAUAAAGUAGAUUUGGACUCGAGACUCGGGAAGAGUGUAGUAAUCAAUAAGAAUACGCCAACGUCCCAAUCUGGAGGAUAUUAUUGUAAUGUUUGUGACUGUGUUGUUAAAGAUUCAAUAAAUUUCCUUGAUCACAUCAAUGGUAAAAAACAUCAGAGGAAUCUGGGAAUGUCCAUGAAAAUAGAAAGGAGCAGCUUAGAUCAGGUAAAAGCAAGAUUUGCACUCAAUAAACGAAAGUUGGAAGAGAAAAAGCGUGAAUAUGAAUUAGACACAAGAUUAAAGGAAGCCGCUGAAGAAGAAGCUCGUGUGAAAGAGCUACGUAGGGAGAGACGUCGGGACAAGAAACGGAAGUUAAUGGAGAAUGAUGAAAUAGAUGAUACACCAGCACCUUCUGAAUUAGCACAAAUUAUGGGGUUUUCUGGCUUUGGAGGAUCUAAAAAAUGAUAUGUUUUAAAAUGUAAAGCUUAUAUUAAUAAAUACUGUGUGGUACAAUAAUGUUU